UUAAUCGGGGGCAGAGGGAGUAAUUCUGAUACCAAUUCAGCCCCUCAAAACCACCACCGCAUUUUGCCCACCACUAUAAAUACACUGCACUCGUAUGGCUAGGUUUGCCAAAAUCACCACUCAAAAUCCUCUCUCUAACAAAAACCGCUCAACAAACCGGUUCAUAAUGACAGCUCUUGCAUCUCGUAAAUCAAGCGGACCGGUCAUCCGGUCCGGUUCCCCUUCCCCAUCAUUCAACCGCCACAUUCCCGCCCAAUCGCCGCUGCCCCGCAACGCUUCCUCCUUUGCCUCGGCUUCCACCUCCGCUGCCUUCGCCUCGUCGCGCUCCCUAGGCAGACCGGCCUCCCCGACCCGCGUUAACCUCCACAGCUACACAACCCCGUCGCUCAGCUUCUCGCUAGAUCGGUCCGGUUCACGGAACCAGACCGUAUCAUUCUCAAGCCGGUCCGAGAAGCCCCCGGUCCGCCCGGCUCCUCAGAGGAGGACGUGUAUGUGCUCACCCACGAAUCACCCCGGUUCGUUCCGAUGCAGCUUGCACAAAGCUGCCGCCGCCGCCGCCGGCUCGCGCGCGCCGCCGUGCGGGAGCUCUAGCCGGCUGAUUCUGCGGCGGUCGGCUAUGAAGAAUUCGCUGGUGCGGAUCGGCACCGUGGAGGGGGAAUUGGUGAUGAGAGCGCUGGCGGCGCUGAUCCGCCCCUCCUCCCACAGCCAGCGGCGCCGCGGCGAGUUCCGGCCAAGCCCUAGCCGGCUAUCGGCCAUGUCGAAGGAUUGAUUAUGUGUGAAAUUGAAGGUGUGAAUUGCGCCGGUGGAAGGUUAUUGAAUGGGGACGGAUUUUUUUUUAGCUCCGGCGACCGAAGACCCAAUUUGAUCGGAGAAGGAGCCAGACGUAUUUUUUUCACUUGGACAGUGUUUGUAUAGCAAUAUUAGUUAAUUUAUUAAUCAUAAUUUUCAAUCAAACUUGAGGUAAA